GCGUGUGACUAAUGAGACACCGCAACCUUAGGGCGCCAGACCCGUGCGUUGAACGGCAUUCCAUCUUUCAAACCCGCGAGGCGCAAGCGACGACAUGCCUACCACCGCAAACCAUGGCCAAGUCCCAAGAGCCUAGCCAGCCCAAGGUACUGGCGCGUGCAUGCCAGUUCUGCCGGGCGAGAAAGAUCAAAUGCGACACUCAGCGUCCAAGUUGCAGUUCAUGCAUCAACCAGAAGAAGGAGUGCGUAUAUAUUCUCGAAGUUCCCAAGCGGAGGCCGUCCACCGCUAUUGUCAAUGCAUUGCAAGGUGAAAAGAGGGCCCUUGAAGAUGUCGUUUUACGGCUCAAAAGAGCGUCGCCAGACGAAGUAGCUGGUAUUCUGGAAUCCAUUCCAAUCGUAGAUGGAAAUGUGGUUGUGAAAACAAUUUCACCGGCACUAGCAGUUCUGCAAGAGCCGAAAAGCGCCACUAGAACUGGGAAGAGACACCAGUCUGACGACGAUGGAGCUGGCAUUUCCUCUGACGAAGAUCUCGACGUCCUUCCAUUCCUUUCUGUCGGUGAAGGUGGAAAGGUAGACACCUUUGGCCCUUCAUCCGCUCUCCAAGGCCCCACGCGACCUGUUAUUCCCAGUGAGUCGCCCGUUGCCGAGCAUGUUCGAAACCAGCUGAUUGCAAACGCAAUCCUGCAGCGCCAACGCGAACAUGACCUUUGCUACAGACAGGACGUCUUUGGUGUUCCACUGGAACUGGCUAAGCACCUGCUCGAUCUGCAUUGGAACAGGCAGCAUCACACGUUUCUCCUUACGUAUCGCCCGGCAAUCAUGAGAGACUUGAUGCAAAGUGGGCCGUACUGCUCCGAAUUCUUAAUCAAUGCCAUUUUUGCAUGUUCCAGUAAAUAUUCUCAGAGAAUUGAAGUCCGAGAUAACCCAGUCGAUUCUACCACGUCUGGUCUUCGGUUUUUCGCGCGUUGCGACCAGCUUUUGGCGGAGCAAUCUCUUCUGAACUCGUCAAGCAUCGCGACACUAGUAGGGUUGCUUCUGCUGGGAUCCACUUACAAUGCACGUGGUGAUACCUCGAAAGGGUGGCUCUACACUGGCUAUGCACUCCGAAUGGUAUACGAUCUGGGCCUUCACCUGGACUACAAAGCUACGACCGCGAACGCUGAAGAUAUCGAGAUUCGCAGGCGGGUGUUCUGGGGCGCUUUCAUUUGCGACAAGCUGCAGAGUUUGUAUUUGGGGCGGCCAAUGACAAUCCAUCUAAGAGAUGUCCAUGUUUCACGUAAUUUCAUGGACACGAUGGAGGAAAAGGAGUUGUGGACGCCAUAUGUUGACCCGAUGUUCCCCACAGACAAUAUGUCAACUAUUCCGCUCACUCCCACCCCGAUUCAUUCGGUAUCUACAUUCCAACAACUGUGCCUCUUAUCAAGAAUCAUGACCAAAAUCAUUAACCGAUUUUACGUUGUUGGGGCCACGGCAGCAAAUGCAAGAGCGAGCCUUCAGUCUAUCGACGACGCCCUUAUCUCGUGGAAGGACAGUCUCCCCGGGGACCUCAAAUUUGAGCCUUGGUCGGGUAAUCCUGCGACCUCACAGGCUCGACCUGCCCCCAACGUGAUGAUUCUAAAUGCUUUGUACUAUUCGCUGGUUAUUCUUCUUCAUCGGCCAUUCAUUUCCGAUGGCCACCUUCGGUCCGCCGUUCCGCCGGCGAGUUCAUGGAAGCGGUGUUCCACAGCCGCUAGAAACAUCACUAGCAUAGUUCUUGCUUAUCAAGCCACGUACACGCUACGGGGAGCGCCGUAUCUGAUGAGCUAUGCCGUUUAUGUGGCAUGCACUAUUCACGUCCGCAACGCGGCUGCGACUGAGAGAGAUAAUCCUGGAGAAAAUUCGUCGCUGCUAUCGGCAAGUUUGCACAGCCUGGAUGAGCUUUCUCUUCCGAAUGUUGGAGUCUCCAAGCCUGCUAGGAUCAUUCGCAAGAUUAUGGCGGCGAAUGGGUUGCAGUUAGUGUCAGGUAUGUUAUUCCCAUAUUCACCAGGCUGGAUGGAGGGAGAGGGAGUUUAA